UUUUAGAAUUAUAGUUGAUCAUGUCUGAAAUUGGUGAAAAGAGAGCUGCCAACUUUGAACAAAAUACCAACAAGAAGUCUAAAAUCGAAUCUCGUAAUGAACAAAAAAAUGUUCGUAUAGAGCGUAAAUCUCAUGACAAGAACUUUGAAAUGAUCACUCAAGCCAAGAAGGUAUGGGAACAACUUCGUCGUGGUGAUAUCGAUCGUGAAGAACAAAAGACAUUGAUGAACAAGAUGAUGAAUAUCAUUGGUGGCAAAGUACAAGAUGUUAUUUUCAAACAUGAUGCUUCUCGUAUCAUUCAAACAUGUCUUAAGAAGGGCAAUGCUGAACAAAGAAAUCAGAUUGCUGAAGAACUCAAGGGCAAAUAUGCUGAACUCUCCAAGUCUAUGUAUGGUAAAUUCAUUGUCAUGAAGGCUAUUGAAUACUGUCACAAGCAAAGGGAUACGAUUUUAGAAGAAUUCAGAAACAAUGUUAGAAAGUUAAUUCGCCACAAGGAAGCUUCUGCAGUGAUUGAAACCUUUUAUGCUCAAUUUUCUAAUGCUGCACAAAGACAUGUAUUGCUUGCUGAAUUCUAUGGUCCUGAAAUGACAUUGUUUAGUCGUGGUGGAGGAGCCAAGACUUUAGAAGAAUUAUUAGCAGCAUUCCCCGACAAGAAAGAUGCUGUCCUUAGACACAUGUCAGAAACACUUCAAGGUUGUUUGGAUAAGGGUACUAUUGUGAACAGUAUUGUCCACAAAGCUUUGUAUCAAUACAUGUCAUUAGCUGACGACAAAGGCCGUGAAGAAAUGAUGGGACAUUUAAAAGAAUCACUUCAAGAAAUUGUGCAUACCCGUGAAGGUUCUUGGGUUGCCAUGAUUUGUUUAUCUAUUGCUUCACCCAAGGAUCGUAAGAACAUCAUCAAGUCAUUCAAGCCUUAUUUGGUCAAGAUGGCCUUGGACGAAUAUGGUUAUCUUGUCUUGAUUCGUUUGUUAGAUGUAACUGAUGAUACUGUCUUGGUUUCUAAGGCUGUUCUUGGUGAAUUAAGUAAGAGUGCCAAAGAGUUGUUCGCCAACAAGUUUGGUCGUCGAUUUUUUCUGUACAUUUUAGCAGGCCGUAACACCCGUUAUUUGUCACCUGAAACUGUUCAAUUCUUAAAGGAAGGUGAUAAAAUCAGAGUCAGUAAGAAGGAACCCGAAGUGAGAGCACAAGAGAUCUUGACUGCCUCUUCACCUCAAUUGAUCAAGUUGGUUGCUGAAAAUGCUCCUAUUUUGAUGAGAGAAAAGCUUUCUUCUCAAGUAGUUCAAGAAAUUAUGCUUCAUGCUGUGGGUGACAAGUCUGCUGCUAUUGAUGCCAUCUUGAACUUGGCUGGUGAAAAUAUUGAAAAAGAAAAUCAUAUCAUUACAGAUAGAUUUGCUAACCGUAUUGUCAAGGCUAUGGUGAAGGCUGAUACUGCUGAAGCUGAAAAUGACAAGGCUGUUGAACCUCUUGAAUUUGCUCCUAAGCUUCUUGAAGUGAUUAAGCCUCAUCUUGCUCAUUUCGCUGUGAACCACGGUAGCUACAUUGUCCUUGCUCUUGCUGAAGAACCUUCUACCAAAAAAGAAGUCAAGAAAGAACUCAAACCUCACAAGAAGGCCAUUGAAGAAGCUGCCAAGUCUAAUUCAGGAUCCAAAUUAUUAUUAGAAGCUAUUUCUAGCAAGUAAAAUAUCAUUCUACAUUUACAAUUUUGUACAUUUCUUUCAUACU